AACAACAUGCCGUGGGGAAAACGACAUGUCGUGGCACAGCUUUUGAGGGACCAAUGAGGAAACGACAUGUCGGGCUGUGAUGAUUGGUUCUUUUUCCCCUUUGCUUGGUUUCUGAGAAAAUAGAACCACCAGUCACGCUGUCACAGCUCCAAUUCAAAUCCGACCAGAGUUCUGGGCCUCACAUUUUCUCAGCAGCCAAACAGUGGGUUAAACUCAAGGUACUGAUUUUCUCGGGAAAUUUUGAUUCUUUCUAGCUUAAUUCUGCUGUGACAGUGAUGGGUGGGACUGGGUUUUGGUGGACUUGGAGGGUGCUUAGGUCUCUGCUAUUGGUGCCAGGAAUUCUGGGUUGGGGCAAAGGCCACUACACAAUUUGCAAGAUUGCAGAGGACUCUGGCACGUUCGCAACAGAGGAAGGUUAAACUAAAAGGUGGGGCAAACGACAUGCCGUGGGGAAAACGACAUGUCGUGGCACAGCUUUUGAGGGACCAAUGAGGAAACGACAUGUCGGGCUGUGAUGGUUGGUUCUUUUUCCCCUUUGCUUGGUUUCUGAGAAAAUAGAACCACCAGUCACGCUGUCACAGCUCCAAUUCAAAUCUGACCAGAGUUCUGGGCCUCACAUUUUCUCAGCAGCCAAACAGUGGUUGAAUUCAAGGUAUUGAUUUUCUCGGGAAAUUUUGAUUCUUUCUAGCUUAAUUCUGCUGUGACAGUGAUGGGUGGGACUGGGUUUUGGUGGACUUGGAGGGUGCUUGGGUCUAUGCUAUUGGUGCCAGGAAUUCUGGGUUGGGGCAAAGAAGGCCACUACACAAUUUGCAAGAUUGCAGAGGGAUUUCUGAGUGAAGAGGCUCUCGCUGCGGUGAAAGAGUUGCUACCGGCAUCUGCCAAAGGUGAUCUUGCAGAAGUUUGCUCCUGGCCUGAUGAGAUUCGUCAUAGCUACCAUUGGCGAUGGAGUGGUCCUUUGCACUAUGUUGACACACCGGAUUUUAAGUGUAACUACAAAUACUGCAGAGACUGCCAUGACUCUGCUGGACAUAAAGAUAGGUGUGUCACUGCAGCGAUUUACAACUAUUCGAUGCAACUCUCUUCGGGUUACCAUGAGUCCAUCUCAGAAUCAGGAUACAACUUAACAGAGGCACUUAUGUUCUUGUCUCAUUUUAUUGGGGAUGUGCAUCAGCCCCUACAUGUUGGCUUCACUGGAGAUGAAGGCGGGAACACAAUAAUAGUCCGAUGGUAUCGCAGGAAGACGAAUCUCCACCAUGUCUGGGAUAAUAUGAUCAUUGAAUCUGCUGUAAAGACAUACUACAGUAAGGAUCUUGCAAUCAUGAUAAAGGCCAUUGAAAGGAAUAUUACGGAUGGUUGGUUCAAUGUUAUACCGUCAUGGAAGAUUUGUGCAAAUAAUCAGACUGUAUGUCCGAACGAGCAUGCCUCUGAAAGCAUUAGUUUGGCAUGCAAAUAUGCUUACAGAAAUGCCACACCUGGAAGCACACUGACAGAUGACUACUUCCUCUCUCGGCUACCUGUUGUGGAGAAGAGGCUAGCUCAAAGUGGGGUCCGCCUGGCUGCUACCCUCAAUCGUAUUUUCUCUUCCCAAGCAAAACAAAUUGCUGAUGCAUGAAGAGGAAGGAUAGAGAUGUACCAAACUAGCCAAGUCUUAGGCGAAAUAGCCCUAAUAGUCCAUCUAGUCUGUUCGGAUUUUCACUUCCGUCCUUAUAGUUUCAUUUUGUUAGCCCGUUGGUCCAAUCCGUCAAAUAAAGCAAAAUUCCUUGUAACUGGAUUUGUUCAAAUGAGAUCUGCAUAAAAAUGGAUGAAAAAAAAAAACCAACUUGACGGAUUGGACUAGCAAAAACAAAAUGAAACUGCAAGGACAAACAGCAUAAUCGGUAUUGAUGAUAGUGAAAAUCCGAGUAAACUAGAGUGACCAUUAGUGCAAUUUAACCUAAUUCUCAGCAUAUCCCUACGAUGCUGCUGAUGUCCUGAAUAUCCUCUGCAGAAUAUGCUCCACCUCAUCUCCACCUUGCUUGUGUUCAUGUAAGACUUUUAGGGUACUUAAUUUAGUUAAAUAAAGACAUUAAAGGUACUUAAUUUAGUUGGAAGACCAAACUUGUACUCAUGGAACACCGUUGAUGUCUUGUAAUAUAAGGAACUAAGUCCUUCUGGUGGGCCUAUAAAUAUAGUCUGUAUGUAUAUUGUCGACAUAUUGAGGAACAUAAUAAGAUGGAGAAGUAUAGAUGCUUUGGGGGAUUUUCCCUUCA